AUGGAAGGCGGACUGUAUUAUUCCAAUCACACCGUCUCCUCGCCGGAGGAAAAAGAAAAGCUCAGCGUGUGGGAUUGGGCCGGCGGCAGAGCCACUGCCGCCGACGUGUCCGACUGCUGGCCGCCGCGUUCGUACGCCUGCACGUUCUGCAGGCGCGAGUUCAAGUCGGCGCAGGCGCUAGGCGGGCACAUGAACGUCCACCGGCGCGACCGGGCCCUGCUCCGCCUGCAGAGGCCCGAGGCGCCGACGUAUUCGAUCGUGAUUCCACAACAGCCGCCCUCGGAGUUCCCGGCCGGCGGAGGUGUAUUUCUCGUCUACCCGAUCAGCGCGGGCGCCGUGGUCGCGCCGGCCUUGGCUUCGCCGCCGAGUUAUUUGUCGAGUCCGGUUAAUGCCGGAGUUGGAAUGGGCUCGUCGGAGUCAAUUACUUUGUGCGAUAUCAGUGGCAGCGAGGGAGGCGGCGAGGAGCUCGAUUUGGAGCUUCGACUUGGAAGAUAG